AUGCAAGGCCUUGUUAAUCGACUGCUCAAGCGCGUUGCUGAACCGGCAGGUGUCACGGCAGAGCUCACCUCCCAUUCCUUCCGCCGCGGUGGUGCACAGCACGCGAACGGCGACGACCUACUUGCAGCGCAAUGGAUCUUUGACCGAGGAGCUUGGGAUAUGACGAAGACCAACAAGGCCUUCGCCUACAUCACGAACACGGCGCGGAAGGACAGGAAGGUCGCUCGGGUCUUGAGUGGAUGGGGCGCUGAUGCGUCACUCUCAGGACCACACAACACGCGAGCGGCUUGCAUGCUUGCAGGAGCUGUUAUUCUCAAGCUGCACAGGUCUCAAAGAGAGCCGACUAAACAUGAGCGCAAAGGACGUCACUUAUCAAUUUCCAGUGACUCAAGCACCUGCAGUUUCGUCGUGAUGGACCAUCGGACUAGUUGUCGGACCUCCACCAGCGCCACCAUCGAGGCAACUCAAGCUUGGUCGAGCGUCGUUCUCCAGGACACGUUAACACUGGAACACGCUGCCGUCGACAUCAAUACCGAGCGUAUUCUGUACCACCUGCAUCUGGAACUGGAACACCCGAUUCCAGAGCUGUUUCUCGCAAAUGCUGAAUUUCUCACGCUCUCGUGGCCUAUUGGUGGUAUCUGGAAGAUCAUGAGUUUGAGUCAAAACAACCACCACGUGCACUGCACGUCAUGGAGAGAAACUGAAAUGAAUCCCGAGGAAGUGAGUGAAUUGGCAAAUAAAGUUGCACUGACCCGGUCUUCUCCAGACCCAGCUAAGAACCAUUACAGUCCAGCGGAUGAUGAAGAUACCGGGGAUUUGACUCCGACAGUUUUCAACUGGAAGAUGCAACUCGGACAGUGGGGGACCACUCAGCACUGGUUUCUCCGUGAUAUCAUGCCGCCACAAAACGGUCGUCCCGGACCCUUGACAGUGCAAUUGCUAGCCGGAUUUUCACCUCUCGAAGUGCAGAUCGAGGUGAACGCGAUCACCGCAGUUGAUACGGUGGGCCAGACAUUCACUGCCGAUGUGACGUGGGAAGUCACUCUGCCGGCUAUAACAACAAUCCGUGAAGACUCUAUGUUGAGCGAACUGACAGCAAUUCUCGAGAUUGAAGGGGAACAGUUCGAGUUCACCAAUGUGAACUCUGUACAGGAAAAAUACAACCUGUAUUACGGUCUACUCCCGGCCGGACCAGUGAAUUUCACUGACCGUACUAGUCUCGCUACCCCGGUAGAACCCAACACCGAGAGUCUGAGCCAUGUUCUGAUCAGCCGGCGUAUCGUCGCAACAUUCAGCGAAGAAAUGACAGUGUACAGCUUUCCAGUUGAUCAGCAGAAGCUUACUUUUUCGUUUUCCACGGGACUUGGACUGAGGGAAUCCCUUCGCAUUACGCCUGCGCCUUUGGACGCGGGUACCUUCGCCAUUGACAACUACAAGAUGGGCAAUGUGUUUGAUGUAGUGUAUCACGACAAAAUCUUCGUCGGCGAAAUUGAUGCGAAGGGAACCAAGAAGGGCAUCCGCUUUGAGAUGAUGCUGGAGCGCCGUCCUGGCUACUACGUCACGAACGUAGCGAUCCUGGCUGCAGUUAUCACGUAUCUGUGCUUCAUUUCGUACGCUCCACUGGCGGAUGGCAAGCUCGUUGAAACUGGGGAUCGACUCCAAAUCGUGUUGACGCUGUUGCUGACUGCAGUAACGUUCAAAAACCAAGUGGGGUCUCUCAUUCCACGAAUCUCGUACUUCACGACUUUAGACAAGUACGUCUUUUUCUGCUUCAUGAUCGCCUGCUUAGUCGUGGUUGAGACUGCAUUGUUUCCGGUUGUUGCAAAAUCCCUUAAGGUGGAGAAGAGUUGGAAAGAAAAGAGCUUGUUGUGGUUCUCAAUCGGCUUCUUCACCUUCGUGAACGUUGCGUGGGGUAUCUACAUUGUGCUCUUCGUCAAGUACCGAAAGCGCAAAUCUAAAGUGUUGCUCAAUGUGCACGAGGCUAUUCGCGUCAUUGCUACCUCUGGUAUCCCCGCUGAGCACCGCGAAGCCGUAUUGCAUGAAUAUCUGGAAGAAUGCCAUUUCCAGAACUGGGAACUUCCUGAAAUCUGCUGUGCGGAGUUUGGAUAUCUGUAUGUUCGUCUUCCAGAUGAUGAGCCACAAUGCACUGAUAACAUUGACAAGAAGAAAAAACUGCACGCGUCGACCCGGCAGAACACCGAACAAAAACUCGACUUUUUCAGGAACAUCUAUACGAAGCUGAAUCCAUCGGGCUCGCCCCUGCGUGCGCUUACUCGAGAAAGCCAAAUGCCGUUGCGAGCGACGAAGCCGAGCGAAGCCUUUCAAGAUGGCAGAGGCCAGAUUUUAAGACUAUCUGGUGUUUCACCGUCUAGUCCUGCUGCGGCUACUCUAACCAGAUCACACAGCGUGGCUGUGUACCAUCGCAUGACCUAGACUCUUGCUAGAGAUACCGAUUCCGACACUCCUACCAAUAGGGAUGCAAUCAAUCAUUUCCGUA